ACAUAUUCAUUGACAUUAUGUUAUUUAUAUUUAUUAACCUAUGUCUAUGUGGGUAAAUUUGAAAAAGCAUUUCGUAAUAUAUUAACUCUCGCACAUUUUUGCAAAAAUAUUUUUUUAUCAUUUUCCUAUGCUUUUUAAAUCUGAUAUAAAUCUUUAAAAUUAAUGUCUAAAGGUAAAGUUAACCAACCUCCACUUCAUAAAGUCAUUAUGGUUGGUAGUGGGGGUGUUGGUAAAUCUGCUUUAACAUUACAAUUUAUGUAUGACGAGUUUGUAGAGGACUAUGAACCGACAAAAGCCGAUUCAUAUAGGAAAAAUGUAGUUUUGGAUACUGAGGUAUGUCAAAUUGACAUACUUGAUACUGCUGGCCAAGAAGAUUAUGCAGCUAUAAGAGACAAUUAUUUUAGAAGUGGGGAAGGAUUUUUAUGCGUUUUUUCUAUUACUGAAAGAGAAUCCUAUGAUGCGACAGAAGAUUUUAGAGAACAAAUAUUAAGGGUGAAAAAUGAGGAAGAAGUCCCAUUUAUAUUGAUUGGGAAUAAAUGUGAUUUGGAACAUAAAAGACAAAUAACUAAACAGGAAGCUAUAAAUAGAGCAAAUCAGUGGAAUGUUCCUUAUAUUGAGACAUCUGCAAAAACAAGAACAAAUGUUGAUAAGAUAUUUUAUGAUUUACUCAAAGAAAUUAACAAGAAAAAAAGUCCAGAAACAAAAGACGUAAAUUUCAAGCGAAAAGCCUGCAAAAAGAAGCGUUGUUUUAUAUUAUAACUUGUUAAUUACUAUAUAACCAGCCUAUCAGCUUUUCUCUCUUUAUAAAAAAAAAGCAUUGUGUGAUAUGAUACAAUAUAGAUCAAAUAAUUUCGAUGGUUUAAACUUAAAUUCACAAAAUCUGUUAAUUAUAUUAUAUUACAACAAUAUACCUA